UGACGGCGCGGCGUUGACGUAUCAGGCCCUGUCUUCGCGCGCCGCACACCCGGCAAGCGGCGCCUGCCCUCAGCCAAGAUGGCGUUUACAUUCGCGGCCUUUUGUUACAUGUUGGCGCUGCUACUCACUGCUGCUCUGAUAUUCUUUGCCAUUUGGCAUAUUAUCGCAUUUGAUGAAUUGAAGACUGACUACAAGAAUCCUAUAGACCAAUGUAAUACACUAAAUCCUCUGGUACUUCCCGAGUACCUUAUCCAUGCCUUCUUCUGUGUCAUGUUUCUCUGUGCAUCUGAAUGGCUUACACUUGGUCUCAAUAUGCCAUUGCUGGGCUAUCAUAUUUGGAGGUACAUGACAAGACCAGUGAUGAGUGUUCCAGGCCUGUAUGAUCCAACCACUAUUAUGAAUGCUGAUAUACUAGCAUAUUGUCAGAAGGAAGGAUGGUGCAAACUAGCAUUUUAUCUGUUGUCCUUCUUUUACUACUUAUAUGGAAUGAUCUAUGUGCUGGUGAGUUCUUAAAAUAAAAAAAGCAAUUCCAAGAUCCAAUGCAGCUGUGCACUCCAUGAAGGAAACAAAAGGAUGAUGAUGGUUUUUUGAGAACUUGAGUUCAUCAACUUAACCUAUAACUCAUCAGAUAUGAUAUGCUUUCAUAUAUGCAGAUUAAAUGCUCUCCUUCACUUUUCAUGAACUUUUUGCCUCCAGACUUUAUAAUUUUUUGCCUGUACAGGAUUUCUUUAAUUUGCUUUGACCCAAAAGUCUGAAUUAUGUUUGAACUUGUAUGAAAAUCAAUUAUUGCAAGAUUACAUUUUGAAUCUAAAAUUGAAACUGCACUCAUGAUGUAAUUUAGAAAUGUUGGUAUAUUAUGUAAUACAGAGAUAUGUAAUUAGGCCUAAAUGUUUAAAAAAUGUAAUUGGCUAACAAAUUUGGAUAUCCAGAUAUUGUUUGAGUAGUUAAAUCUCAAAAUAUCAACUUAGUGAAUUUAACUUUGUUGUUCACUGUAGGCAGAGUUUUUUAAAAAUGGCUUGAUAUUGUACUCACAGAAGCAAUGACAAAUAUAACCAACGAUGGUCAUAUUUUGCAUGAGAAAGGAUCCAUUUGGGAAUAAAUUUUCAUUUGAAAAUUC